AUGUCAAAAUCAGUAUCAGUAGACCUGCCAGCGAAGGUCGAGGCCAAGAUCGAGGAGGUUAAGGUAGAAGCCGCAGCAAAGUCCAUGGCUGGACUGCGCUCGCUGGUCGCCGGAGGUGUCGGUGGUGUCUUUGCUGUGAUCAGUGGUCACCCCUUUGACCUGGUCAAGGUACGGCUUCAGACUGCGGAGAAGGGAGUGUACAGAGGUGCUUUCGAUGUAGUCGCCAAGACUGUAGCCAGAGAGGGCAUGUUCAGAGGUCUAUAUGCCGGUGUUUCUGCGCCAUUAAUCGGUGUUACGCCCAUGUUCGCUGUCUCAUUCUGGGGCUACGACGUCGGAAAGAACCUCGUCCGCCGUUUCUCCACCGUCGAGAACAACACUCUCAGCGUUGCCCAGAUCUCGGCCGCCGGAUUCUUCUCCGCCAUCCCCAUGACUGCCAUCACCGCCCCAUUUGAGCGCGUGAAGGUGCUUCUCCAGAUCCAGGGCCAAUCCGGCGGAGAGAAGAAGUACAAGGGCGGCUUCGACGUUGUCCGUCAGUUGUACAAGGAAGGCGGUGUCCGUUCCGUCUUCCGCGGGUCCGCCGCCACACUUGCCCGUGAUGGCCCCGGCUCAGCCGCUUACUUUGCGACUUAUGAGAUCCUGAAGAAGAAGCUUUCAGGCGGACAAGACCCGAGCAUGGGUGCUGUUAUGGUUGCCGGUGGUGGAGCUGGUAUGGCCAUGUGGCUCCUCAUCUUCCCGAUCGAUACGGUGAAGAGUAGGCUGCAGAGUGCAGAGGGCAAGCCGACCAUUGGGAGUGUCGUGAGGGAGAUUAAUGCACGUGGAGGAUACAAGGCGUUCUUCCCCGGUCUUGGACCGGCGUUGGCAAGAAGUGUGCCGGCGAAUGCAUUCACCUUCUUAGGUGUCGAAUUGGCGCACAAAGCUAUGAACAGGAUGUUUGAUUAA